CACCAGAUUCCUGCAAAGUGACCACUAUUCAAAUUGAUAUUACUGAAGGCUGUAAUGAAGAAAAUGGAAAAUUAUGGCCAUCCGAUUCAAUGAAGGAAUCAUAUAUUUUGAAUGUCUCCAAUGGUACCAUACACAUUCAAUCAGAUGAAAUAUGGGGAGCAUUACACGCUUUGGAAACAGUCCUGCAACUAGUGUUCAGAGAUCAGAACUACAAGAAUUCGAUACUUGAGUGUGGCAUAAAAGAUUCACCAAGAUUUCCACACAGAGGAAUGAUGAUCGAUACAGCCAGACAUUAUCUAAGCGUUGAAACAAUCAAGAAUGUCAUUGCUGCAUUAUCAAUGGUGAAGAUGAAUGUGCUACACUGGCAUAUGACAGAUGAUGAAUCCUUCCCGUAUGUUUCUUCAGUGUAUCCUGAAUUGUCUUCAAAGGGAGCGUAUCAUCCACAUUCGUAUGUGUAUGAAAAGGAUGAAAUUGAUUCAUUGGUAGAAUUCGCUCGAUUACAUGGUGUUCGGGUGAUUGUUGAAUUUGAUUCACCAGGUCACACUCUAUCAUGGGGCAAAAGUCAUCCUGAAAUCCUCUCUGGCGAAUCACAUGACGGACCAAUCAAUCCAGUCGAUGAGAAUGUCUGGCCAUUUCUAUCAAAUUUGUUCAGCGAAGUGUUGAGUGUAUUUCCUGACCGUGUCUUACAUUUAGGUGGGAGCGUUUAUGACAGGCAAUCAUGGCGAGAAGAUGCCAACAUCCAAGAAUUCAUGAAACAGAAAGGAUUCGAUCAAGACUACAAUAAAUUAGAAAAUUAUUAUUUUGAACGCCUCACAGAAGUUAUUCGGAAUAUUACGUCAAAGUCACAAAGCGUGACACCUGUGGUGUGGCAGAAUGUAUUUGAGAAUGGAUUCCGAGGUAAUGAAAAUGCCGUCAUCAUACAAGUACACGAUAAUUCCCACUGGGAGGAUGUCACCAAGUCAGUCACCUCAUCUGGAUACAGAGUGAUCAAUUCAGCGUGUUGGUCGAAAGUUGUUGGGAAUUUCGAUGAUGCAUGGAAGACGUUGUACGAUUGUGAUCCUGCUGCAUUUGGAGGUACUGAGGAAGAAGCUCAGUUGGUGAUUGGUGGCGAAGUCAUCAUCUGGGGAACAUAUGUGGAUGACACGAAUCUCUUUCUACGAUCAUGGCCGAUAACUGCUGUAGCUGCUGAACGUCUUUGGUCAAUUGAUGCAGGCAAUUUUCAUGAUUUUUCAGAGAGAUUGAAGAGGCUCCAUUGUCAAAUGAUACUAUUGAACUGGAAUGUGAAACCAUUCACAGGACCUGGAUUCUGUCGAAAAUGAGGCAGUCGCUUGGCACAAAU